UCAGAACAAAAAUUUUCUUUCAUCAUAAGUGCGUCUUGCUUUGACCGAGUGAAAUUACUCGUGGUUCGCUUUUUUCGCGUUCGUAAAAACUUUACCACUAGAACGGAAGAAACGUUUUAGACCGCAACACUAGCAGUGAAACCAGCAAUUCUUUAGUUUCGUUGUGCGCACCACCAGGAAAUCGAGCGUUUUCAACCCGUCGGGACAUUCCUCCUCCCGCGUCGAGGAAGCCUCACCUCCUCAAAAUGUCCGGUUCAUCCAGUAUCACCCGCAACGAGGUGGUCCAGUUCGUGCUGCGGAUCUCGCUGGUGUCCAUCGUGACGUACUACUCGGCGAAAUGGCUUAUGAAGAACCUGGACCCGACCAACAAGAGCAAAAAGAAGGCCAUCGAAAAGGCGGAGGACAUCCUACGGAAACUCGGUCCGAACAUCAAGCGCCAGGCGGUGACUAACCUGAACGAUUACGAGCUGGUGAUUGCGUCGCACCUGGUCGUGCCGGAGAACAUCAGCGUCAGCUGGGACAGCAUCGCCGGGCUCGACCACGUCUGCCAGGAGAUCAAAGAGAGCCUGGUGUUUCCGGUGUGCCAUCGGGACAUGUUCUCCGGUUCGGCGCUGUACCAGGCCCCGAAGGGCGUGCUGCUGUACGGACCACCUGGUUGCGGCAAGACACUGAUUGCCAAGGCCACGGCCAAGGAGGCGGGAAUGCGUUUCAUCAAUCUGGACGUGGCCAUGCUUACGGACAAGUGGUACGGAGAGUCGCAGAAGCUCGCUUCGGCCGUGUUUUCGCUGGCGGUUAAGAUUCAACCGUGCAUCAUCUUCAUCGACGAGAUCGAUUCGUUCCUGCGGGCGCGUAAUUCCUCCGACCACGAGGCCACCGCCAUGAUGAAGACCCAGUUUAUGAUGUUGUGGGACGGGUUGAACACCGAGUCGGACUCGACGGUCAUCGUGAUGGGUGCCACCAACCGGCCCCAGGAUCUGGACAAGGCCAUCCUGCGUCGCAUGCCGGCUCAGUUCCACAUCGGACUGCCGAGCGAGGACCAACGGUUGAAGAUCUUGCAGUUGAUUUUGCGCCAGGAAAAGCUGUCCCGCGAUGUCGAGUACGCCCAGUUGGCCCGCAUGACAAACGGCUACUCCGGAUCGGACCUGCGCGAGAUGUGCCGAAACGCGUCCGUCUACCGCAUCCGCAAGGUCAUGCGAGAGAAGAGCAAGGAAAUGGCGGCGGCGGCCGCGGCAGCAGCUGCAGCAAGUACUUCCAACGGGACGGUGGCCAACGGAAACUGCAACGGACGGGUGCCGGCCCCGAUCGCGGCGGGUUCGCCCAUUUUGGAAGAGACCCCGGCCAUCACGAUGGACGACCUGGUUGAGUCGCUGCGGAACAUGAAACACUCCAAGUACAACUCCGGUCUCGUCAACGACGCUCGCAUAGAUUUAGACUAAAGUGCGGUGGUGCGCGGGCGUGUGUGUGUAUGUUUUAGUGUGCGGAUAUUUUUCUCGUGAUGCGCUUUUCCUAGCUCUUAGAAUAACGUGUCGGAUCGAAACGCUUAUUUUAUAGGAUUUUUCAAAUUAUGUUUGUUUUUUUUUUUACCAAGCGAAACAAGUUUGAUUGUACCUUUCUAAGAUUUUUUCCUAUUCCUUUUCGCCCCGACCUUGUUCAUUUUGGCACAAGUUUUUAACCAGCUAGCAAAUAUACAGAUGAAUCAAAAACUCUACAAACACCAGUUGAUAUAAAAUACAUGUAAAAUUGUAUCUAAAAACCACAGAAAUAAUGAAGAAAACAGAAAACAAAUAGCUUUCACUAGCGGGUAAGGCCGGUAGAUUCAUCAAGCUGAAAAUUUAGAGAAAAGGAGAUAAAUUAAAUUUAGUCUAUAGUGACACGCAACAGUCAGAUAGUUUGUAGAUAUUAGGCUACUGUUGGAAUGUUCCGUUUAAAUAAAAAAGAAACAGAAGGAAUUUGCUGGAGUCAACCUCCGGAUUCGGUGAAAUUGUGGGAAUAAAAAAGGAGCGAGGUUUUAAUUAUAAAAAUAUAUUAUAUACUACACUUCAUAUUACUAUAUAAGACUAUAUUCCAUCUGUGUAGAAAUCUGAACUUGAAUAAAGAUUGUUGAAUCGGUACCAAAACUA